AUGGAGCUGGCUCAGGCAGGUGCUUACAUUGAUCCCGUUGACAACGCAGGAUCAAAUACUUUACAUCAUGCCAUGCUGUUUGGGAACUUGGUUGCUGCCAAACAGCUCAUUAAGACUUUGGCCGUUCACUCCCCAGUGAAUUCUGGCGGUUUCAUGCCCCUAUGCUGUGCUCUAGAAAGCUAUGCAGGAUAA